AUGCUUGUGAUCUUUGCAAUUUUUUGUGUAUCGUUUGCGGCAGCCGGCAGAUCGCCUCAUGCUGACUAUGUUGAGGAAUUAGUUAGACAAAAUGCCUUUGGUGCCAGAAUAUCUGAUAACAUUCUCGAAGAUGCUUCACUUGAUGUGCCAGAAUUAGUGAGAAAAUACAAUUACCCUCUGGAGGAGCAUUUUAUUAUGACUCAAGAUGGCUACAUCUUAGGUCUUCACCGUAUUCCACAUGGACGGGAUAAUAAUAACGUACGUUGCAACAAGCCGGUUGUCUUCGUUAUGCACGGCCUUUUGGGUUCCUCAGCAGACUGGGUAUUAAUGGGACCUGGAACAGCGCUAGCUUAUAUUCUGGCCGAGGAAGGUUUUGAUGUGUGGCUAGGAAAUGCACGUGGAAACUACUAUUCAAGACGCCAUUUGACUCUAAAUCCUGAUGCUGAAAAUGAUAACAGUUUCUGGCGAUUCUCCUUGGAUGAAAUAGGCAAUUUAGAUCUAUCCGCAUCUAUCGAUUAUAUACUCCUUGCCACAGGCAGAAGUGGUUUGCAUUACGUUGGAAUGUCACAGGGCACAACAGUUUACUUCAUUAUGAAUUCACUUCGACCAGAAUAUAGUGAAAAGAUAUUAUCUAUGCAUGCCUUGGCACCGGUCGCUUAUCAAACGCAAAGCCGUGGUACCUUGAUGGACGCUUUAGCGCCAAUAGCUGCGGAUGCUUUGUCUUGGGCCACUGUACUUGGUUUCGGCGAAAUGUUCCCUAAAAGUGAGUUGUUAGCAUGGGCUGGUCAAAAGCUGUGUCAAGACGAAGCAGUAUUCCAGCCUAUCUGCAGUAGUAUCUUCUUCCUAAUAGGGGGCUGGAAUAUGGACCAACAUAAUGCGACCAUGAUACCAGUAAUGUUGGCUCACACCCCAGCAGGUGCAGGUCUGAGGCAAUUUGCGCACUUUGCUCAAAAUGUAGCGACCAAAGGUUUCCGUCGCUAUGACUACGGAGUACUCUUGAACUUAGCAGCGUACGGCACAGCUGUUCCGCCCAGCUAUAACCUAUCGAAAAUCACGAAUCCAGUAUUCUUGCAUUAUUCAGAAGGCGAUACUCGGGUUGACCUGGCCGAUGUUGAUCGUUUAUAUAACGAGUUGGGAGGUCCCAAAGAGAAAAUUCUUGUAUCGCAAAAAACAUUCAGUCAUAUUGACUUUAUGUGGGGAACGAACGCGAGGUAUUAUGUUUUUGAUAGAGUUAUUAGAGACAUUAGAAUAAUUGACAACUCAAAUAAAUAA